GCUAUGAACGAUUCAAUAAGUGACAAACUUCAGUUUUUAUGUUCAAGUCAAGUCAUAUGAUCAACUCCUGACUCCAAUUUAGAUUGGAAAACACAAUAAUAAAGAUAGAAAACUGGGCGAGUCUUCAGUAUUUUUAGAGAUUGAAAUUAACAUUGAAAUUUUCGACGGAAAUUAAUUUUACGAAAAUCUAAAAAUGAAAGGUUGUAUGUUUAACAUUGAUGGUGGAUAUUUAGAAGGACUCUGUCGCGGAUUUAAGUGUGGAAUUCUUCAGCAGAGUGAUUAUCUCAAUCUAGUACAAUGUGAAACACUAGAAGAUUUAAAGCUGCAUUUAGCUGGAACGGAUUAUGGUAGUUUUUUGGCUAAUGAACCAUCGCCUCUCUCAGUCAGUGUGAUUGAUGAUAAGUUAAGGGAAAAAUUGGUGGUAGAAUUUCAACAUAUGCGAAAUCACUCAGUAGAACCUUUAUCUCAAUUCUUAGAUUUUAUUACAUAUAGUUAUAUGAUCGAUAAUAUUAUUUUGCUUAUCACUGGAACACUGCAUCAACGCCCCAUUUCAGAAUUAAUUCCAAAAUGCCAUCCUCUUGGCAGUUUUGAACAGAUGGAAGCAAUUCAUGUUGCAGCAACACCUGCUGAGUUAUACAAUGCUGUUUUAGUUGACACACCACUUGCACCCUUCUUUGUUGAUUGUAUUUCUGAACAAGAUCUAGAUGAAAUGAAUAUUGAAAUUAUUAGAAAUACACUGUAUAAAGCUUAUUUAGAAGCAUUUUUUAAAUUUUGUAAAGAAAUUGGUGGUACGACUGCUGAUACUAUGUGUGAAAUUUUGGCUUUUGAAGCAGAUAGAAGAGCUAUUAUUAUUACAAUUAAUUCAUUUGGUACAGAAUUAGGAAAAGAUGAUCGAGCAAAAUUAUAUCCCCGUUGUGGUCGUCUUAAUCCUGAUGGUUUAGCAGCUUUGGCAAGAGCUGAUGAUUACGAACAGGUUAAAGCUGUUGCUGAAUAUUAUGCGGAAUAUGCAGCUCUUUUUGAUGGAGCAGGAAACAAUCCUGGAGAUAAAACAUUGGAAGACAAAUUUUUUGAACGUGAGGUUCGUCUAAAUGUAAAUGCUUUCCUUCAACAGUUUCAUUUUGGUGUAUUUUACAGUUAUUUAAAACUUAAAGAACAAGAAUGUCGUAAUAUUGUUUGGAUUUCAGAGUGUGUAGCUCAGAAACACCGUGCUAAAAUCGAUAAUUAUAUACCAAUCUUUUAAAUUAAUUUAUUCAUUUUUCAAUAAUUAUU